AAUGUUAAUUAACUGUCUCGACUUAAAAUGAUCGCCCAGCUCAAAGAUCGUCUGAAAAAGAAUUGGUUCCUUUUAAGCAUAGUUUUAGCCAUAGUGGUAGCCAAAUUUCAACCAUGGAUAGGGGCUAAAGAUGGACCGCUUGCUCCUGAAUACACUGUGAAAUAUGUAGCAGUGUUCGUUAUUUUCUUCAACAGUGGUCUGUCAAUCAAAACUGAAGAGUUCUCGAAAGCUUUAUAUCAACUAGAAGUUCACGCUUUUAUUCAGCUGUUCACUCUCGGGUUUAUUCCAGUAUUUGUGAAGUUUUUGAUACCGUUUUUGACUAAACUGGGAAUCCUUCGGGCACUUCUGACAGGGUUUCAAGUAGUGGCGUGUAUGCCUCCCCCUGUCUCUUCGGCUGUGAUUUUGACCAAGGCAGCCGAGGGUAACGAGGCAGUAGCAAUAUUUAACUCUGCUUUCGGAAGUUUUCUCGGCAUAUUUGUGACACCGAUGUUGCUACUUCAACUUGUCGGAACUUCGAGUUCAGUCCCAGUGAGUAAAAUAUUCAACCAGCUCUUCCUUACUGUCGUUCUUCCAAUCAUCCUGGGGAAUGCAAUCAGGAGGAACUUCAAAGACUUCCUGGACCGACAGAAGAUACCGUACAGUCUGAUUGGGAACCUAGUUCUUCUUCUGAUCAUAUUCACUACUUUCUGUGACACAUUUAGUAGCUCCAACUUCGAAAUGGAUAAACUCAGUCUUCUCCAAAUCGCAUUCGUGGUUGUAAUAUUUCAAAUAUUUGUGCUAACUUUGACUUUUAAUUUAAGCACAAAUGAAAAUGUAGGUAAAAAAUUGAGGUUUCAGCCUGCAGAUACAGUUGCAAUUAUAUUUUGUUCGACUCACAAGUCAUUGACGUUGGGGAUCCCGAUGUUGAAAAUAAUAUUUAGCCAGGAUCCAAACUUGCCUCUGUACUCGAUUCCAUUGUUAGUUUACCAUCCCACCCAGAUUUUAUUAGGUGGGACUCUGGUUCCAGCAGUUCACAGAUGGAUGAAGAAAGAGCAGAAGAAAAUAGACAACGCUGUGGAUUCGGCAAACGAAAUAUACCCACCAUCUGAAGCGUAAUCAAAAUGUUCCGUUCGUUUAUCGGAGUAGGGCAAUGUUAUUUUCAAUUCCGAUAAUUAAAUCAUAUCGUAUUGGAAAAAAAGUGAAGGGUUUUCACGGAUACCUUUAGAAUUUUACGGAACUUGAUACAGGGAUUAAUUUAUUGAGGUUUUACCACAACACUAAUGUACAUAUCGCAUAAAAAGGUUUAGAGCCACAUGGAAGCUUCAUCAUCUUGGUGCUUUUGUGAAUACAUUUGUAUAUUAAGUCGUUGCUUUAUUCGUAAUUGGCACAUUUGUUUGUCCCAGAAGUGGUAUAACUUCUAUAUAUGAUUUAUGAAAGUCUUUAUUGUAACAAAUUUUUUAAAUGAAAAAAAAUCA